CCCUCCCCUCUCGGAAACAUCUUACAAACACCGACGAACUUUUUUUAUCCGGACAAGUUUUGGCGAUUCAAAAAUGUCCCUUUUGUCUUUAGUUUUCACCCUGAGCGCUCACGUGCUCGGCUCGCUCUUGUUUGUGUUGUUUGUAGCCUUCCUCGGCUACUGCGCGUACCUCCAAUAUGUGCACCUGAAGUACGACCACAUACCUGGACCGCCGAGGGAAAGUUUUUUCUUCGGACAUUCCUUAAUUGUUUGGAGGACAAUGAAAAACGACGACCUGACACAUGACGUGUUUCUGAAAUGGGCCGAGCGUUAUGGAUCUGUGUACAAGAUCAAUGUGUUGCAUCACGUCCUUAUCUUCGUUUCCUCCCCAGAGACCAUCAAGGAAGUCCUGAUGUCCUCCAAGUAUACCAAAGACAUGUUCCUCCACAAGCGACUCUUCAGCAUGUUUGGUCAAAGGUUCUUGGGCAAUGGCCUGGUAACAGCAAGGGACUAUGAUCAGUGGCAUAAACAACGGCGGAUCAUUGAACCCGCCUUCAGCAGCCUGUACCUGAGGAGUCUGAUGGGAACGUUCAACGAGCAAGCCGAGAAGCUGAUGACCAAACUGGCGGACAUCGCCGACAAAAAGUCGGAGGCCCGCAUGCUGGAGCUGGUCAACCGCGUCACCUUGGGCGUCAUCGUCAAGGUGGCGUUCGGCAUGGACAUCGAGCUGCUGGAGAACGCGUCGUCGCCUUUCCCCGACGCCAUCGAGACGUGCCUCAAAGGGAUGGUCCACAACAUACGGAACGCCCUCUUUCAGUUCGAUCCCAGAAACUGGGCCUUCGUGGAGGAAGUGCGCGCCGCGUGCAAACUGCUGCGCUCCACCGGCGCCGAGUGGAUCCGCGACAGGAAGUCGGCCGUGCAGAGCGGCGGCGACGUGCCCAAAGACAUCCUCACGCAGAUCAUCAAGUCGGCCGGAAAAGAGGAAAGGAUGACCAAAGAAGACGAAGAGUUCAUGCUGGACAAUUUUGUGACUUUCUUCAUCGCCGGACAGGAAACCACGGCGAACCAGCUAGCGUUUUGCAUCAUGGAGCUCGCCAGACAUCCCGACAUGCAGGAGAAAGCUCAGAAGGAGGUGGACGACGUCAUCGGGAUGAAACGAGAAAUUAGCUACGAUGAUCUUGGGCAACUUGUUUACCUCUCACAGGUUCUCAAAGAAACUUUGAGGAUAUACCCGACAGCUCCGGGAACAUCCCGCGAUUUCGUCGACGACAUCGUCAUCGACGACAUCCACGUUCCGGCCGGCGCGAUCUGUAUCCUCAGCUCGUACGUGUCCAGCAGAUUGGAACGGUUCUUCAAGAAUCCGCUGGAAUUUAACCCGGAUCGCUUUCACCCGGAUGCUCCCAAGCCUUACUACUGCUACUUUCCAUUUUCUCUCGGCCCGCGCUCCUGCGUGGGAAAGAACUUUGCUCAGAUGGAAGCCAAAUUGGUGAUGGCCAAGUUACUGCAGAGGUUCGACUUUGCGCUGACGCCGGGCCAGAGCUUCGAAAUCCGCGACGUGGGCACGUUGCGGCCCAAGGGCGGCGUGGUGUGCGCCGUCGCGCACAGGAAGCACUGCGGCCCGUGAACGCGCUGGCGCAAAAUGGCGGCGUCACGCCCAAAGCGCUUUUGAAAGGUACUCUUUAUACCUUGGCCAGUAUGCCGCUAAAGUCAUUACCUGCGCCAUAUCGAUCAAUUUCUUCAAAUAUUGUCAAUACUAAUCACUGAAAUGAUAUUGUACUCUUAAUAAAAUACUUGUACGAAUAUAUGUCAUUUCUAGCAUCCAUCCUUCCAGCCAUCCAUUUUCUGUAGCGCUUUAUCCUCACAAGGGUCGCGGGCGUGCUUGAGCCCACCCCGGCUAUGUUCGGGCGAGAGGCGGCGUACGCCCGGAACUGGUCGCAUUUAUAGCAUAUUAUCCUUUUUUUCCCUUUUGCCUGUAAUUCAAUCAUUUGCAAUAAAUGCAUUUAAAUGUAA